CAACCUUCCCCAGUGUGGUACACUCAAGGGUGGGCAGCAUGUGGUGCUUUCUGUUGUGUGGUGUGUUAUGUUUCCCGGGUCUGCUUUGCACCCUUCCAGCAGCGACUCACCAGCCCCUGCAUGAGUACUCCGAUGGGGACGUCAUCAUCGGAGGGCUUUUCCCGAUUCACUUACAACCCAAUCGCACCUUCCCGUCAUCAAGGCAUGUCUCGUGCAACGAGUAUCAUUUUCAAAUAUUCCUAGCUGCUCAAAUGAUGAUAUUUGCGAUCAAGAGGGUAAACCAGCGCAGAGCUCUGCCUAAUGUGACACUUGGCUACGACGUGUACGAUACCUGCGGGGAUGUGUCCCUGGCCAUGCGGAUGGCCCUCAACAUGUCCAUCGACCAACUGGACCCCCAGUGCGGGUUGUUACCUGGAAGGAAGCCCAGUUCAGCGCCCGACCCUCGAGUCAAAGCAGUGAUCGGCGAGGCUUUUUCCGAAGUGUCCAUCGCUGUUGCACGAAUAUUAACCCUGUCAUCGAUCGCCCAGAUUAGUUAUGCAUCAACCAGUGAACUGCUCAGCAAGAAGGCCAAGUUCCCCACUUUUCUGCGGACAGUGAACAGCGAUGUGCUGCAGACCAAAGCCAUGGCAGAGCUUGUGAAGACGUUCAACUGGGAAACGGUCGGAAUCGUGGGCAGCGACGACGAGUAUGGCAAAUACGGCAGCGACGGCCUGGUGGAUAAUUUCAAUGCCAUGGAUGUGUGCGUUGACUUUAAGUUCAUCCUGCCUGCCCACUUAGACCUCAGCGAUAGCAGUGCCCAAAAGCAAUUAACUGAGCUAAUGGACACUAUUGGAAACUCGACCGCCGAGGCUAUCAUUCUUUUCACCCAGGAGUCAAUCGUGAAGCUUGUCCUGAAAGCCGCCAUUCAGAUGAAGCUGAACAGAACUUGGAUCGCUAGUGAUGCAUGGUCCAACUCCCCUGACAUCAAAGAGCUCCCAGGCAUCGAGGCAAUCGGGCCCUUCUUUGGAAUCGCCUUUAAAAGACACAUUGUGGAAGGCUUUGCCGACUACGUAUCUUCAAUGGUCGAAGAAAAAUCCUCAAACCCCUUAUGGGAGUACCAUAAAUUGAACCAUCCGCCCUGUCAAAGUGCCCCUCAAGAGAAGCUGAAUUGUUCACUAACGGCGAGCCAAUGUAUGGAAACGAGAUGUCUGGUGCAUUACAUUUUCUGGGAUUUGUCCCUCAAUAUCUACUUGGCAGUCGAAGUAAUAGUCAAUGCUCUGAGUAGUCUAAUGAAGUGUGACAGAGAAAAAUGUCAACGAAAUACCAGCUUUACGGCAUACGAGCUAUUGAAUGAAAUCAAGAAUGUCGACCUCACCCUGAAUGACACACACAAAGUGUUUGAUGAUAAUGGAGACCCCAUGCUUGGAUAUGACAUCGUCGCAUGGAACUCGCCCAGUUCGGGAACUAUUGGAGAGUAUCUGCCAGGAAGAAAGAUCACUCUCCCCCCGAAUCUUGUUGCAAAGAUGGCUAAUGCAACGGUCACUGCUUUCAAUUGCAGUAAGACCUGUCCAGCGGGACAGGAGCUGAUGAAAAAUGGAUGCUGCAAGCACUGUAUUGUGUGUAGUGAGGGACAUUUUUCUCCUGAAAUUGGUACGCAGAAAUGUCGAGUGUGUGAAGAAGGCAAGUAUUCACCCUUGAAACGUGACAGGUGUUUGGAUAAAAAACCUAAAUUCCUCGAAUGGAACAACCCCUUUAUAAUUACCCUGUCGGUCUUCAUCAUAAUGGGGAUUGUUGCCACCGUUGUGGUGGGUGUUAUACUCGUGGUUAAUCGAGGCACUCCCAUUGUGAAAGCCGUUGGCGGCUACCUGUGUUUCUUGGAGCUUUUCUCCUUACUCGCCUGCUUCUGCCUGAGCUUUACCUUCAUAGUGAAACCCUCUCCAUUAUCCUGCAGCACAGGUAUGCCGCUAUUUGGCAUAGCUUUCACUCUCUGUGUUUCCUGCGUUCUGGCCAACCUCCUCCAGAUCUUAGUGUGUUUCACCUUUUCCCAGAAUAUGGGGGGCUGGCUCAGAAAGGUCAACCAGCCACCGGCUGUAGUCGCUAUUUUAUUUGGGGUCCAGCUGGUCUUGUGCACAAUAUGGCUAGCCUGUUUUCCACCGUCUCUUCAAAGAGAACCACAUAAGAAAGCCUUCAAACUUAAGUGUGAUCCUACAUCCAAAGCUCUAUUUGGUGCUGUUUUAUGCUAUGUGGGUUUAUUGGCCAUAGUCAGUUUCCUUUUUGCAUUCAAAGGAAAAAAACUGCCAGAUCUGUACAAAAACGCCAGCUUUGUCACCAUCGGCAUGCUGCUGGUUUUGGUGGUGUGGAUCAUCUUCAUACCAGUGUACCUGUUCGGAGACGGGGUCUACACAGAGGCCAUCAAGGCGGCGGCUGUCCUUGUGUCCAGCCACAGCAUGCUCUGUUGCCACUUGGUCCCCAAGUGUUAUAUCAUGGUGUUCAGGAAGGAGCUGAACGACGAGAAAGCCAUCACUGAUUACAUCAGGAACCACUUAGAACGGAAAGGCAUUGAUGUUUUAAAGUCAUAAUUGUGAUGUCUCCUCAGAUUCUUACCAUCACCUGAACUCUUAAUUUUCAAAGAUCAGUUCGGAAUUGGUCUGUCCAAUGGAUAUAAUCGAGUUGUAAUGUUAGUUAAUCUCUGUCUUAGCUCUGUUUAAUGUAAAUGAAAAAUGUCAUUGCCUCUACAACUCGGUUUGUACAAACAAAUUCAGAGGUCUGUAUGUGUGUGAGGGAUUAGACUUAGAUCAAUGGUGUAAUUUCAAAGUUUGUCAUAUAGCCUACAUUGAUACAGGAUGGUUAGCAUACUUUCAAAAUAAUCGACAAUAUGAAUAAAAUGUUAUUAAAGCAGAUAAUGCUAUCAUGGUUAACCAAAAUAAAGUGAAUAAUUAGCAUUAUUUCACUCACUGAGGGAAAACGAAGGAACCGUUUAUUUAAUGGAAAGCUGAAAGGAGACACCAGGGCCUGCCUGUAUUGAAGCCUGUUACACCCCUGCCCAGAUUCCUAUUAUUCGUUUCCUACAGAAAUGAAAUUCCAGAGAUUGUCAGCAAAACAAAGUAUUUUGAGUCCAGCCAAUUCACUAUUUUCCAUACCUGUGAAUAAAGCAUGCUUCCCAUUAUAUGCCACUACCUAUAAAUCAGUUUAUGCUUAGGACAGCGUAUUCUGAUACAUAUUGAGCAAUAGGCCUUCAGAGAC